AACGGAAAAGGCCCAAAGUCCGUGCGGAGAGGUUUGUGCGAAGGGCCGUUCGGAGCGAUGAAUCCAGACGUUGAGAGCGAGAGGGAAGCUCCCUGUUUCGAGGUGGAGAAAUUAGUGAACUUGCUGGACGGCGGAGCGGGACGCACUCGCACCCGGAGGUCCGUAGAACAUACCAUUAAUAGCGAUGCUGUUUUUAACCAAGAAAAUCAGUACUUCUUGACACAGACUGAGCGAUACGAAGAAGCUGUGAAAAGAGCCGUGCAUCUGCGGCAGAAGAUUAAGGAAUUGGGCUGGACUGAUGAUGGGCCAGAAAUACAAAUUGCUUUUAGGGUCCUGGGAGGAAAUUUGGCCUUUGCAGUCCAUCAUGGACUCUUUAUACCAACCAUCACGAAACUGGGGACAGAUGCACAGAUCGCUAAGUGGGUCCCACUGGCUAAGGAUUACCAGAUUAUUGGAACCUAUGCUCAAACGGAGCUAGGCCAUGGUACAUAUCUUCGCGGACUAGAGACAACGGCAUCCUUUGACACUUCCAGCCAGGAUUUCAUCCUCAACACACCAGAAGUGUCCUCAAUAAAGUGGUGGCCCGGUGACUUGGACAGAUCGGCAAGUCAUGCUGUGGUCUUGGCUCAGCUGUAUACCCAGGAGAUGUGCCAUGGGAUGCAUGCCUUUAUUGUUCAGAUUCGCAGCCUGGUGGACCAUUCUGCUUUGCCAGGUGUCAAAAUUGGAGACACUGGUCCAAAGAUGGCCUUUGAACAGGUUGACAAUGGAUAUUUAAUGUUGCAAAAUGUUCAUGUUCCCAGGGACAACAUGUUGAGCAGAUACAGUGAGGUUAUGUCAGACGGCAGCUAUGUUAAACAAGGAUCUGACAGAAUUUAUUACAUCUCUAUGGUGCUUGCUCGAGUGAAGAUAAUAUCUAGAGAACUGGUGUCUGCUCUUUCUAAAGCCUGUGUUAUUGCUAUUCGAUAUUCUGUGGUGAGACGUCAGUCAAAAUUAAAGCCUGGUGAAACGGAAGCAAAAACUUUAGACUACCAGACCCAGCAACAGAAGCUCCUUCCCCAGCUGACAACAACUUUUGCCUUUCGUUUCAUGGCCUCAUCCUUGGAUACCUUUUGCAAUCAAGUGAAAGUACAGGUCAAAACCAAGGGAGACAUCUCAUUGCUGUCUGAGCUCCAUGCCUUGUCUGCAGGCCUGAAAGCUAUGAUGUCUGAGAGUUGCAGUGUUGGAGUUGAGGCAUGUCGCAGAGCUUGUGGUGGCCAUGGUUACUCAAUGCAGAGUGGUUUACCCACUCGUUAUACUCAAGUGGUAGCCUCCUGUACAUACGAAGGGGAAAACACAGUACUGCAAUUGCAGACUGCACGAUUCCUAAUGAAGUGCCUUACCAGAAUAGAUUGUGGACAGCCUUUGCCCCAGUCUGUCUCUUACCUGUCUGAACCCAUUAUUCUUCAUUGCUCUACGAAGGAGAAAAGUGAUUUCCUCAAGCUAUUCAUAUAUAUAUAUAUAUAUAUAUAUGAGUCUUACAAGCACAGGGCACACAGGCUGAUUAAGGAUGCUGGGAUCAAAUUGCAGUCUCUGCUUCAGUCUGGAGUCGAGCAACAUGUUGCCUGGAAUAGUACCUCUGUGCAGCUUGCAAAGGCUGCUGUUGCUCACUGCCAUUACAUAGUUGUGAAGAACUUUGUUGAAACAAUGGAAGGACUAAAGUUUGAGCCUGAAAUCCAGCAAGUGAUCAAAAUGUUGUGUGACCUUUACGCAUUGACUGGCAUUCUGGACAAUGCUGGGGAUUUCCUUGAUGGAUUUAUGACUGGAAAGCAACUGGACUUGGUGACCACCUCUCUGCUGGAUCUUCUAGCUCUUGUCCGGAAGAAUGCUGUCUCAAUAACGGAUGCAUUUGAUUAUCCUGACAAACUGCUGAAUUCUGCCAUUGGCAACUAUGACGGGCAUGUUUACCAACGCCUCUUUGACUGGGCUCAGAAAGCCCCCACAAAUGCAAAGAUAAACCUCGCAUAUGAGAAAUACCUGAAGCCUCUCUUUCAAUUAGCACAGUCCAAGCUGUAACAUUGUAUUCUGGAUUUGUUUUGCUGCUGAUUUGAAUGGUUAAAGCUAUGCUAAUAGCAUGGAAUACUGAUUAUCAUAAAUGGCUACAGUGACUAUUAACAACAAGUACAAAGCAAAAGUCAGUUGUUGAUCUAAGGUUCAGUUGAAUUUUUUUGAAUUUCUAAUGAAUAUCUUGUUAAUAUUAAUCUUGUACUUAUGUUUAGAGUAAUUGAAUGUACUAAUUUUAACUGAAUUUUAAACCUAUGUUUUCAGUAAAUUGAUUUAAGGAUUUAAAUGCAUUUUGCAAGUACAACUGUUAAAACAUUUUAUGUAUCUAGACAUCUUGCUAAUGUCAGCCUUUUCAGACUUCAUUUAACAUAUCAUAUUUACCAGCUAUUAAAUGAACCCAGGAAGAUGCU